AGCUUCCUAAGGAAACAGACACAGAAAAAAGUUGCAGGUAACGAUGUCUUACGUGGAAGCCAAGAUAAUGACUUACUGAUAGAAACCCUGUUUUUUUUCCGGGGUACCAGUUCUUCCUAUAGUCUUGGGAAGGAGCAUCAGUAAUUCCAGAGAGACUGAAGCUCCAGACUCUGUGUGUGGCUGGGGAUUUGGACUGCUUUGCAAAUGGGUAUUUCUUCACAAGAACUGUUUCCAGCACUCACUGAGACAGACCUCUCAGUAACUGGAGACCUGACCGGCCUUGCCUACUGAGCUUGGGGGAAAACUGGAUGCAGAUGAGUUGAUUAUAUUCCAUGAAGUCAUAGCUCACCACCUGCCAGGGUUUAAACUACUUCACCUGUGGACUCUUUGAAAUUUUUGCUUUGUUGGGGGAAAAGAAAAAAAACUGGGGUAAGAAGAGGUUGUUUUUAACAAGUUAUCAUCCUCUCCCUCCCUUAUAAGUUGCUGCAAAGGAUCAGGCUGUGACUCCAUUGGGUCGCUCCUUCACAUCAAAAUAGGAGAAGAAAAAGAAGGGACCAUGGCUCUGAGUGGCAACUGUAGUCGUUACUAUGCUCGAGAACAAGGGGCUGCAGUUUCCAACUCCUUCCCCGAGGUCGUGGAGCUGAAUGUUGGGGGUCAAGUUUAUUUCACUCGCCAUUCCACAUUAAUAAGCAUCCCUCAUUCUCUCCUGUGGAAAAUGUUUUCCCCAAAGAGAGACACAGCUAACGACCUAGCCAAGGACUCCAAGGGAAGGUUUUUCAUUGACAGAGAUGGAUUCUUGUUCCGUUAUAUUCUGGACUAUCUCAGGGACAGGCAGGUGGUCCUGCCUGAUCACUUUCCAGAAAGGGGAAGACUGAAAAGAGAAGCUGAGUACUUCCAGCUCCCAGACUUGGUCAAACUCCUGACCCCUGAUGAAAUCAAGCAAAGCCCAGAUGAAUUCUGCCACAGUGACUUUGAAGAUGCCUCCCAAGGAAGUGACACGAGAAUCUGUCCCCCUUCCUCGCUGCUCCCUGCUGACCGCAAGUGGGGUUUUAUUACAGUGGGUUACAGGGGGUCCUGCACCAUGGGCAGAGAGGGGCAGGCAGAUGCCAAGUUUCGGAGAGUUCCCCGGAUUUUGGUUUGUGGAAGGAUUUCCUUGGCAAAGGAGGUCUUUGGAGAAACUUUGAAUGAGAGCAGAGACCCUGACCGAGCCCCAGAAAGAUACACAUCUAGAUUUUAUCUCAAAUUCAGGCAUCUGGAAAGGGCUUUUGAUAUGUUGUCAGAAUGUGGAUUCCACAUGGUGGCCUGUAACUCCUCAGUAACAGCAUCUUUCGUCAACCAGUAUACAGAUGACAAGAUCUGGUCAAGUUACACUGAGUACGUCUUCUACCGUGAGCCUUCCAGGUGGUCAUCUUCGCACUGUGAUUGCUGCUGCAAGAACGGCAAGGGUGACAAAGAAGGAGAGAGUGGCACCUCCUGCAACGACCUCUCCACCUCCAGCUGCGACAGCCAGUCUGAGGCCAGCUCUCCCCAGGAGACAGUCAUCUGUGGGCCCGUGACACGCCAGACCAACAUCCAGACUCUGGACCGUCCCAUCAAGAAGGGGCCCGUCCAGUUGAUCCAGCAGUCAGAGAUGCGACGGAAAAGUGACCUGCUUCGGACUCUGACUUCCGGCUCCAGGGAGUCGAACAUGAGUAGCAAAAAAAAAGCAGUUAAGGAAAAGCUGUCAAUUGAGGAAGAGCUGGAGAAAUGUAUCCAGGAUUUCCUAAAGAUCAAAAUUCCAGAUAGGUUCCCAGAGAGAAAACACCCUUGGCAAUCUGAACUUUUACGGAAGUAUCAUCUAUAGGGGCGGGUGAGGGGGUGGGGGUGGGAGAAGAAACAGAGCGUGUCACUGUUUUGAAAUAAACCUCCUGAAAGAAAUCCAUAUUUGAAAAGAGAAAAUAACAACUAACAAUACACAUUUGUUAGAACACAAUAGCCCAUUGAUCUACUACUGCCUAUUUACCUAGUUCACCUUAACAUGUCAAUCCACAGGGUAGAUUUCUUUCCAGAUGUGGAAGUAUAAGAAAUUUUCUUUCUCUUUUUUUGGUUCUUUGUUUGUUUGUUAACUUGGUCCCAUGUGCUGAGUAUCUUAUCUAUAAAUGACAGCCAGCUACAUAAGAAUAGCUGAGAAGCCUUGGGAAUCAUUUAUCCCAAACUGGGUUUUUCCUCUCCUCUUCUACCUCCCUCCUUUGAAUGAGAAUUAUGGUAGUGAUCUGGCCCAAUGCUAUAGGUUUGGAUUUAAAAAAUUUCCUUUUUCCUUUUGUUUAUGGGGUAAUGGGGGGAAAGUGGCAGAUUUUUAUGACUUUUCACUCAAAUUGAUUAUGUGCCAGUUUAUAUUGACUCCGUAUGCAUGAGUAUUUGUGCAACAGAAGCACAACCAAGUAUAUAUACACACACAGAGCACAUGAGCCCAGGGCCUGGGCCUCCUGAGGGGUUGCUCCUGCCCCCACCAGAGCCCUCUUAGAGUCCUUCAGCCACAGGAGCCUCUGCUCUUUUCUUAAAACCCUUCUGGGAAGAUUUCUGAGCCUCUCUUGGCAACAUUUCCUUACAUCUAAUAACCCCCAUCAUCAGCAAAUUGUCUUCCUUAUUUGGAAAUGAACACCCUCAGGCUCCCUUUUACUGCACUGCUCUUUCUCAGCACUAGGAGAAGGUGAGAAGAGCUAGUCACACAUUCUUUGUAUUUUAAAAAACCCAAACAUCCGUAUCCACAAAAAUUACUGCAAAAUGACCCCAAUUCAGCCUUCUCUACCCUGAGCUGAAUUACCUUCCUCUUCUCGAUGUUUCUGCCCGUGUUUUAACGGUCCACGUACUCCACGUUAAGUUCUCUGCAUCCCUGUGUAGUUGUGGCAGUAAGAACAACACACAGUACUUGAAUAAGGGUCCAGCCUUUUGUUUUUAGGGGAAAUUGUAUUUCACACAUCCCCUAAUCAGUUCUCACUACAGUGCUUCACUGUUACUUCCUGUAGCCAGUUUUGUUUGCCUUUGGCAUCUGGGAUUUGGCUGUGUCCAUACUAGAAUUUGGCUCUCACUUCUCUGAUGUCUUUGAACAACCCAACUAGAUAAUUGAAGCUCCAAAAUUAAGAGUUGGGCUUUCUAAACGGUCUUUCUUGUUUACAUCCUUGACCUGUAUGGACACAACCAAAAAGAAACCGUUAAUAGCCAUCCAUCCAUGUGACUCUGUAUUCUAUUAAUGUACUCAUAGUUUUUUCAUUGAUUUGUGGUAAAUGAAGAUUAAAGGGCAAGAUUUGACUUUCAGCAUUCCUCAUGCAUUUCAGUGGGAACUGAAAAAAAAUAUUUUUUUUCUAUGCUUAAUUGUGUGCCAAGAACUAAUUUUUUUUUUUUUUAAUUUUGUGUGUGUGGGUAUGUGUAUAUGUACCACAGGUAAUAAAGGCAACUGGAUGAUGUCUGUGGGAGGGAGACAUAGUGACCCAUUGCUUCUUUUUGAAAUCUUUCAUUGAUGCACAUUAUUAUGUAAGAGGUAUGUCUUGAUACUUGUUAUUAGUCCCCAUUAACAUAUGGAUAGCUUUCUGAAUUUUUUUUAAUUCUUACCUUCACACCUGGGCAACAGACUCAGCCAAUGUUUUUUCUUGUCCUGAUGGUUCAAAUGGACUUAACAAUUUUGCUGAAGUGAAAAAAGAAAAAUCAUUUUGGGAGUUGUGUUGUAAGACAAUUAUAUUUAUGAAUUUAAGUGCUGUUUUUUCAUACAUUAGUAUAUCAGCAGACAUUUGAUCUUAACUACAACAUAGCUUUGUACAGCCUACCAGUAUGUCUUUACUGUUUUCAGUGUUUCUUUAUACCAUUUCAUAUUGGUCAUAUUGGCAAUAGAAGAUUCUGCAAAGGAUCAUAGAACUUAAUGGGUCAAGAAGUUGAAUUUGGUGAAAAUAUCCCCAAACUCACUUUGCCCAAAUGAUUCUUAUAGUCCUACUGGAAGUUCUGUCAAAGAGUUGGGGGUCUAAAUAAAAUGGCCAGAGUCCCAACUUUCUUAAAUUUCAGACUUGAUUGUAAUGGCUGCAAGGUAGAAAACACACUAGUAAGAAUUGGAGAACUAGUAAGAUGGCCAUCCACUCAUUAAUCCUACUAUGUUCGUACUUUAAAUAGGAAAUGAAACAUUGUAAAGAAAAUGUUCAUGGCAUUUCUCUUUUCUUUGACCUGUCUUUUUUUUUUUUUUUUUUUUUCUGUUUAGGCUGUCUUUAUACCCCUAGGGCGGAGGGGGCGGCGCGGGGAGGGGGGAACAGUGGUGGCAAGUCUGUUUAAAGUAAUAAUAACAUUUUAAAUCGGGGUCAGCUCAAACCAAAUGGUUCAUAUAGCUGAAACAGCAACAGAGUGUUCAUUUGUGUGGUUGUUGGUAUGGAAAUAACAGUGAAAGUUAGUCAUUUAAUCAUGUCUAACUCUUUGUGACCCCAUGGACUGUAGCCCUCCAGGCUCCUUUGUCCAUGGAAUUUUCCAGGCAAGAAUACUGGAGUCAGUGACCAUUCCUUUCUCCAGGGGAUCUUCCCAACCCAGGGACUGAACCCAGGUCUCCUGCAUUGCAGGCAGAUUUGUAAACCUGGUCAGUAAAAGUCUCUGCAGAGGCACCAGGUCCAUGCACAUCUUCAGUCUUAUUUUAAGUGGAAUUGAAGUGAGGGCUAUGCGGCCUGCAACAUUGGAAAUGAAUUCUGGGUAAGUGAACUAGAAGACUAAAUGCUAUUGUGGCCCUGCACCAUGUAUCAUAUUCAUUUCCUCAAACUUAAAAUAGUUUCAAGAAUUUUUAAUUCAUUUCUGGACAGAACAAUAUGUAUGGUUUGCUUCUCGAAUACUGGUGAGGACAAAGGCUGAUUUGAAGAGACUAGUAGCAUCAAAUGGGUCAAAUGAAUGAGGAAUCAUAUGCACAGAGACCUUGGAAAAUUCUGCCAUGUUAAAAUCCAGUGAGUCUAUGGAGGUCAUUCUCUAUGGUAUGUGGGUCUUCUGAAGUCAGAACUAUAGUUAUAAAGUUCUCUGACCCACUCUCAAAAAAGGGAGUGAUCUGUGUUCAGCAUGAAAGGGGGAAGACAGGAAAAUAAAACUGUUGGAUCAUGGUGGUAGUGAGCUCUCUCUCCCUCUGCUAAGAAAAAAAUUGCAUUGAGAUGUGGCCGUAAAACAACAAAGUGGCUUCCAAAAUAUGCAGUGAUGUUAUCCUUUGUACUUGUAGGCACAGUUAUCUUCCUGGAAAUGCAUGCAUGGUGAAUUACAAUAAAAGGGGAACAAUGCACAAA